CAGAGCCCUCGCUGGCCGUGUCCCAGUAGAGGCUCGCCAUCGCGUUCUGCAGAGUGCUCGCGGUCAGCGCAGCGGCGAGCAACAGGUUGCUGACGCGGCCCAUUCUGCACAAAUGAGCCAUUCGAACUCGGAGCAGUCGUGCGACGGAUUGUGAAAGCGAAAUAAUUAACCAGCAGCCAAAGCGACCAAGAGUGCGACGAAAGAAAUGGAUAUUCAAUAAUUUAAUCGAUUGGAAAAUUAGCCACAAAUCUAUUCAGAAUAAACCAUGGAAAUUUCCAACCAAAGCGGCGUGGAGCAAAUUGGAUCUACACGCAUCACGCACCUCCUACACGGUGGUCACAUUUCUUGGGUGGAUGGAAGCCAUGUGAGCGCCAACUGCACUCCGCCCGCCAUAGACGACUUUCCUGGCGACUUUUUCACCGAGGAGCAACGACAAGAAGGAGCCUUUAUUGUCCAUCUACUCAUUUCAUUGUACUGUUUCUAUGCGCUGGCCGUGGUUUGCGAGAGAUAUUUCGUUCCAGCCGUUGAAAGGAUAUGCAGCACGCUCGGAAUGUCAAGCGACGUGGCAGGAGCCACUUUCAUGGCGGCGGCGACGUCGGCGCCGGAGCUGUUUGUCAAUGUGAUUGGCACGUUCAUCACGGAGGGUGACAUCGGCGUCGGCACCAUCGUCGGCAGCGCCGUCUUCAACAUCUUGGCCGUGGCCGCGUGCUGCGGCAUCGGCGCCGGCAUGGUGGUGCCGCUCGACUGGUGGCCUCUGACCAGGGACUGCGUCGCCUACGGACUCACCGUCGUCCUGCUCAUCAUCACCAUCAGGGACGAGCGCAUCGAGUGGUACGAGGCGCUCAUCCUCGUCCUCCUCUACUUCCUCUACAUAGCUGUGAUGUAUUACGACAAGUCAAUUCAAAGAGCAUUCAAGAGCGUUUGGAAGUUAAAGCACAAAAAUUCCUCACCUGCUCAGGAGCUUGAAACAACAAACAAGAUCAGCGUCGUCUCAGACAAGGACGCAGCAGACCUUGAGGUGUGCGUGCCUUUGAAACAAAUUGUGGCAGAAAAUGACGCGCAGCAGGUCACCCCGGUGGACGAGACAGGUGACGAGGAAAACGGCCACGUUCUCACAAUGGAGGAGGUUAUUCAGGACGAAGCCGACCGAUAUAAAUCAGAAAUCGAGUACCUCAAAAACUAUCCAAGCCACAAAAGACUCUGGUCCAGAAUCAAAUGGGUCGUCUCGUGGCCGAUCCACGCGAUUCUGUUUACCUCAAUUCCAGACUGUGAAAAUCCCAAAUUGAAAAAGUUCUUCCCCGCAACUUUUUUCAUGUGCAUCGUUUGGAUUGGCAGCCUUUCUUACAUUGUUGCUUGGGCGAUUACAAUAAUAGGCGAUACUUUGAGAAUACCUGACAGUGUGAUGGGCAUUACCUUCCUGGCAGCUGGAACUAGCAUUCCCGAGGCAGUUUCUAGCGUCAUUGUGGCCAAACAAGGCUUUGGUUCGAUGGGCAUCAGCAACUCGAUCGGCUCGAACACCUUCGACAUUCUGUUGUGCCUCGGCCUGCCGUGGUUCAUCAAGUCGGCCUUCCUCCCCACCAGGGACAACCACCACUACAUCACCAUUCAGUCGUCCGGACUCGAGUACAGCGCCAUAUCGCUGCUGUCCACCCUCUUCCUGCUCUACAUGACCUUUUUCUGCAAUCGUUUCCGUCUGGAUCGCAAGGUCGGCAUCAUCUGCCUGGUCAUGUACGCGUGCUUCCUGAUUUUGGCCUCGGUCAUCGAACUCAACGUAUUUUUCGUCGUCAACCGGCCCACUUGCGAGUGAAAAACGUGAAAGGAAGAAAAAUCUGGGCCAAAUGUUGGAUAAUCGCUUGAACUUUGUCAGUAAUUGUGUUUUAACUACGCUUGAGAUUUUUUAAAUUUUGAAAUAUUAUAAUUGUAGUGGUCGAAUUAAUAUGCUUAUAUGUGAAAAAGAUGUGUAAUCCUAUCUUGAUAUUAGUGUCAUUUCUAAUUUUUUAAACUAUGUAUUUUAAUGAGACAAACUUUUAAUAGUCAGACAGCUUGAGUAAAAAUUAUAUUAUUUAAUAACCAAAUAAAAAUAUUUUCAUAAAAAUUAUAAAAAGUAAAAAUUCAG